UCUGCUCUGCGCUUCAUCGUAAAAUUAGGUUCACACGCUGCAGAAAAACGAAGGUGGAAAACACAGCCGGCUGAGUCUCUUUCAAUGGCUUCUCGCGUCUGCCUUUGACCUUCCAUGAGUAUUUACAUAUCGAAUUGAAAUUGAAUUAUCUCUCUUCUUAUUCCUCAAUCUCUAGAUGGCUGACGUUGUUCGAUUAUCGUCUCAUUCUCCUCGAUUUUCGUCUUCUUUGCUCACAUCUUUCUCCUCCACCUCGAAUUCACUCCAACUGAGCCUCCCAUCGAUUCCGAGUUGUAAUUCGGAUAAGAGGAUUUGUACUGUUUUACCCCCCUCGACUGCUGGUUUUCCUCGCCGGAAGCAAUUACCAUCUUUCAAGGUACGUUCAACUCUUGCUGAAACUGAACAGCCAAAAUGGUGGGAAAGGAAUCCCGGACCAAACAUGAUUGACAUACAUUCUACACAGGAAUUUUUGAGUGCCCUAAGUGAAGCUGGAGAGAGAUUAGUUAUUGUCGAAUUUUAUGGAACCUGGUGUGCUUCUUGUCGUGCAUUAUUUCCUAAGUUAUGCAGGACGGCGGAAGAACAUUCUGAAAUUUUAUUCCUGAAAGUCAAUUUUGAUGAAAACAAGCCUAUGUGCAAGAGCAUGAAUGUUAAAGUGCUUCCUUACUUCCACUUCUAUCGUGGGGCUGAUGGCCAGCUGGAAGCCUUUUCAUGUUCGCUGGCCAAGUUUCAAAAGAUAAAAGAUGCCAUUGCAAUGCACAACACAGCUCGUUGCAGCAUUGGUCCUCCCAGAGGAGUUGGAGAUCUUGAUCUGGAAGCACUCUCUGCACCAAAGGACAAGCCAACACAAGCAUAGGUCACUCUGUUUAGCAACUGUCUAUAUUUAUGGAUUGCUGUGCAUGUUAUACCCGCGAGGAAUCUCCGCAUGACGGCAAGCAAGCUAUCUAUUCAUAUUCUGUAUAUCUAUGAUUGAUUUUCUUUGUAAAAGAAUAUUGAAGCAGGAGAAGAUAAUUCUUUGUCAUUCUUGUUCUGAAUGUGAUGUGUAUGUAAAUCUUAGAGAACUCUCCAGAGGAAAUGAAGUUUCAAGUUCUGAAUGUUUUUAUAUCGUUCAAAA